CCUCUCAGCUCAGCUCCCAGAAGUGGAAGGACUUCAUGGCUAAGAGACCCAAGACCCUGCCUGUUCCAUAUGUGGAGGUGAAGGGUGAGAGCGGACACUACUUCCUGUUGGUCCAGGGGUCAGAGGGCGGAGGCUGCAAGGCCCGCAUGAUACACUCAGCCAAUCAGAUCAAUGGAGCCGCUGCCACGGCAACCGUCAAUGGGCUUCUGAAAGAGAAUUCGGUGUCGUCUUCAGGUUCCACCACGACAGACUGGCUGCGCUCCCUGCCCUGUCUCCAUGGAGACCAACUGCUACAGAGGGAGAGGAAGUUGGCCGAGGUGCAGACUCUGGUCCUAAAGGAGUGCCUGAGACGUAGAGAAGAGGCAGAGAAGCCGGCUUCAAUACCAGUCAAUGACCUGAAGAUCUUGCUCAGCCUGGCCAGAGAACAGUACCUCAAGAUGCAUGACUCUACCCUGCCUAAAGCCUCUACCCUGCCUAAAGCCUCCAGUCUGCCCAGAGUUGAGCCCUGUGGAGCAGAGGAGGUGAACCUCACUACGAAGACGACAGAGUUCAUUAAACACUCCCAACAUGCUGAUUGGCCAGAGAGAAGUGUUCUGCAGAACUAUGAGAACCUCCAGAGGACUCGUCAGAAGCUGAGGUUUGGUCUGCUGUCUGGCAGCUCAUCUGACUGUCUGCUGGGGCCUAAAGACGUCCAGGGUCAGAGAACCACCCCAGCCUUGCUGGAUGCCAAAGAGCUGCUUAGACACUUCACACCAGACGGCCUGCCCACCGGAGAUCUGCAGCCUCUAUUAGUCCAGAGACUAGGGGGAAAUACAUUCCAGAUGUCUCCAGACUUGACCCCCAGGAAAGUGACCCAGAUCCCCUUCAGCCAAGCAGCCAGCUCCCACUACCAUGGACUAGA